AUGGACCCUCCACACAUCACUGAAUUCGCUUCGCAGCGAUACUUCGACAAACUUCGACAACUAAGCGAGUCCAAGGACCAGCCCCAAGAUGCUGUUGCUAUUCCCCAAGACGGGCCUGCCGCCGCCCAGUCGUCCACCUUUAUAUUGCCCUUGGUCGGGCAAAGGUCCUCCGAAGCACUUCCUCACGAUGCCUUGAGGACGGAGAAGCGCCGAGCCAACUUCAGCUUUCGAACUAUCCUACCAUCGCGUGCUUCUGUUGAACACGACUCCCGCAGACUUUCCACCGAAUCUGCCCCAAAGAAGAGUACCCCUUUUGACCAGCUUUUCUUAGCCCUCCCCAACGAGCUCAAGAUUCAGAUCAUUGCCUCACUACCACUCUCCGACAUACUGAGUAUCCGGUUGGCAUCGCGCUCUUGGCACGCCAUGAUAACCAUCAACGAGUUUCCUAUCGCCCGAUAUCACCUCGAUCACCACGUCCCAGCCUAUGCGAGACGGUUAUGGCCCGCUCCUGAUCCUCCCGCUAUCAGGUUACAUUAUCUAUGCGGGAUAUGGCAUCGUUUACACGUUGCCGCGAAACUCUCGUACUUGAUAUGUGAGAGAGUCACGAAGGAAAUGUUUCUCCGGACAACCGACACCGCGCGACUCCAAUUUGCUCCCCAACACGAGCGCAUGCGACGACGACUCAUCCCCUUGAUAUUCACCUUGUUUCAUUUCUUUGAGACGUACCGAACAUUACAUGUCGAGUACUUGAAGAAGCACGGGCACGGCUUGUCUCAAACACCAUAUACCUUCAACCCUAUCGAAUUGCAGGUCAUGAACAUGUAUGAUAAUCAGACCUUGCUGCGCGUUCACCAGAUCGUUCCCUUGGUGGUGUCCUCUUUCACUCGGCGAUUACGACCCCCUUCGUACGUUGGACGGUUUGAACGUUCUAUAAGGGGUUACUUAAAGGACCCCCCGCCCGACGAAGUCUAUGCUACUGCCUUGAUGGUUGGUGGGCUCAGACAGGUUGAGAAGUUUUGGGAGAUCAAAGGUUAUAAUUCGAGGAGAGGGGUUGUCGACUCGUGGUAUCAUUCUAUCACGAAGGAACCAGUUGAAGUAACCUCGAAGCCACGCCGAGGGUUCAUGGGGCUGAGUCGGAAGAGAUCUACCGUCAACGGGAGUGACCAAGGGAGAAGUACUGCGGAUUACUCAGCAACUGGUAAUGGUCGGAGAGGCUCGGAGAGCGGCCGACGAGGUAGCGAUGCGUCGACAGCAACGAAUGCCUUUUGGGAGAACUUCGUGUUCGAUACGAGUCUGGCAGAAGGCAUGCCAAUGGGCCCACUCCCCCGGGAAGAUGUCCGACUUCUCCUUGCCGAUCUGCCAGCACUAAAUCAGAUAUGGUCUCCCACUGCCGAGGCCCUGAUCCUCGAACGCGGGAUAGUACAGCGGCCGCAAGAUAUCAAGCGUAAUGCAGCGGUCUUGCUUGACCUGAUUCACGAGGGUGGCGCUGCCGAGGAAGACGAGUGGUGGUAUGGCCGAACCGCGCCGGAGUCGGUGCGGCCACCACUUGAAGCUAUCGAAGAGGACACCAUCGAAUAG